GGUGACCCUAUGACUGGAGGGUUCAGCGUAGCUCCGUCCUUCGCUUUCCAGUUCCACAAGAUGGGUUCGUUCAGAAGGCCCCGGCCUCGGUUCAUGAGCUCCCCAGUCCUCAGUGACCUGCCACGGUUCCAGGCAGCCCGGCAAGCCCUGCAGCUCAGCUCCAGCUCUGCCUGGAACAGUGUUCAAACAGCAGUGAUAAAUGUGUUCAAAGGAGGAGGCUUGCAGAACAAUGAACUUUACACCCUCAAUGAAAAUAUCAGACGGCUGCUGAAGAGUGAACUUGGAUCCUUCAUCACAGAUUACUUCCAGAACCAGCUCCUUGCGAAAGGCUUGCUGUUUAUAGAGGAGAAGGUUAAGCUGUAUGAAGGUGAGGAUCGCAUUGAUGUCCUGUCUGAAAUCUGGGAUCACUACUUCACAGAGACUCUUCCUACGCUCCAGGCAAUCUUCUACCCAGUCCAGGGUCAGGAGUUGACCAUCCGCCAGAUUGCUCUUCUUGGCUUCAGAGACUUGGUCUUACUAAAAGUGAAGUUGGAAGAAAUUCUUCCUCUGGUCCAGACAAAGCUCCCAGCGUCCAUUGUCCAGAUGCUGUUAAUUCUGCAGAGUGUCCAUGAGCCUACUGGCCCCAGCGAGGGCUACCUCCAGCUGGAAGAGCUGGUCAAGCAGGUAGUAUCGCCAUACCUGGGCUUGUGUGAGGAUCACAGCUUCCCUGGCAGUGCCUGCUUGCUUGAGCGCAGGUGCUCCCACCCCCGCCCCAGGACGCAAGGGCCCACGAGCCGGCAGCCCAGCGAGCUGGCGCUGAGCCCGCUGGCCGAGCAGGAGGCCGAGGCCUACCUGGAGAAGUGCGGCAGCGUCCGGCGGCACACGGUGGCCAACGCGCACUCGGACAUCCAGCUGCUGGCCAUGGCCUCCAUGAUGCACGCGGGCAUGGUGGCCGAGGAGGCGGACGGGGCGGACACGGGGCUCCUGCUGCAGCCCAGCUUCAGCCAGCGGCAGUGCUGCAGCGAGCCCAGCAUUGCUGAGGGGCCCGAGGCGGCGGCCAGGCCAUGCAUGGGCACUUGA